CAAUUUUAACAUAAACAUAGCAAUCACUCUUUUCAGUUUUGAAACAACCAUGAAAAAUACAAUACAAUUGUGUUUUUAUAAAAUUUGCAAAUAAUAUUAGUUGAUGCAAUUAAUUCAACGUUACACGUAGCAUUCAAAUAUAAUAUCAAAAGCUCCCACAUGUAAAAUAAAAUCACAGCUAAAUGACGCAAUAAGAAUAUCGUUCUGGUUCAUUGCGCAAUUGGUCAAUGCUUGAAAUGAGAUGAUAGCGUCCCUGCCUUAGUUACAAUUUAUCUGUAGACGUCUGCAUUAAUGGAAUACGAAAUGUUCCCAAUUUGCUAGUAAUGGCGACAAAUAACGGAAAUGAGACUUGGAGUUCGAACGCGUCAAGUAGUGGUUCGGGUAAAAAGAAAAUGAACGUAAAUGUUUAUAACUUUCAAGUUCGGAUGCGUAAAGUUUUAACAAAAGAAGAAAGAAAUGAAGUGACGCAUAUCUUAAGUUGUUAUCACAAAAACCGAAAUGUCUAUUAUCUUACUCAAUCCUUGAAAUCUGUGCUGGACAAUGAAGAAAAGAGGAGUAUUAUUCCAUUGCUUAAACAGAUAAUUCCAGUGGUUGAUCGUGCAGCAUUUGAUCAAUUCACGUGUGAAGGGGCGUAUGUUAGAAGGUCAGGUUCAAGUAGAGAGAGUAGCGUAUCUUUGCAACAGACUGAUGAUUCUGGUAUUGGGAUAACUACUUGUGGCAAUUCACAAUCAAAUGAUUUGAAAUCAAAUUUAGAAAAUCGUCCUGUGCGUUCAGCAAGCAUGUCUGAGAUAAGCGGCAAAAGUUCAAAACUUUUUUCUUCUGGUACAUUUGGUUCUGCUGUAAGAAGAAGAGUAAAAGCUGUUCUCUCACGGAGAGCAUCAACAUCCAGUCUUAAAGCUUCAGAUCGACGAAGACAUUACUCUGAGACUCAUCUUUCAGAGACGGGUAAAGAUGGAUCUUCAUUAUUUGGAAGUUUUAUUAAAAAAUCAAGCAUGAGGAAAAAGAAAUCAAGCAAUCUUGAUGUUUCAUCAACCUCCCGACAAAGUGAUGUCGUUUUGAUCAAAUUAAAUCGAUUAAAAUCUGCAAAACGUGGAUUGGGAUUUAUAAUUGGAGGUGGUUCUGAACUAGGAACAGGGAUAUUUGUUUCUCAUGUUGAAGAAGGAUCAGCUGCAAAUGAAGCAAACCUAAAACCUGGAGAUUUAAUCGUCCAAGCUAAUGAUACAGCUCUACAUUCUGCUGUUUCACACGAUGUUGCUGUGCAGAUUUUGAAAAAUUGUGACAAACUUGUGCUACAUGUUAAACCCCAAGGUGCGAAACAUAUCAUGCGUAACAAGCCCCACCCUCGAACCAGACCCCCCUCACCCCCAGUUUUUACCCAGGACCACACCUCUGCUAAUGUUGACACUGCAAAAAGUGGAUUACGUCUUUUAUCAUCAGGACAACGAAGGAUCAACUUAAACGUUAAAGAAGGUCAAAACCUGGGUUUGAUGAUCAGGGGUGGAUCUGAAUAUGGGUUGGGAAUAUUUGUUACAGCUGUUGAUGAAAGUUCAGCAGCAGAGAAUUCUGGGUUAAAGGCAGGAGAUGAGAUAUUGGAAGUCAACAAUGUUAGUUUGGGCGGACUAAGUCACGCUGAUGCUGUCAAGUUGAUCAGAUCAAGUAGAAUGUUGAUUAUGACGGUUAGAUAUGUUGGGAGAAUACCUCAGUCGGCCAAAACAUCACAUCACCAACCAAUAGAUGAUCGUGUUUCACUUCACAGCAGCAUCGGGGGUGGUAAGGUGGUGGGGAAACUACAACCAAAUGGAGUCAGGGGAGCUUUCCAACGCAAAAUAACGAGCCCCCAUCAACAAAUGAUUCUUCCUAAUAUGUUAAAACGGUCAACGGGUUGCGAUAGUAAACUACCAAUGAAACUUUCAUCUCUCAACAACUCAUUAAGUUGCAAUCCAGUGUGGGAAACGCUGUCGGAGGAAGAACAGAAGUCGUUGAAAUAUUAUGUCAAGGAAUAUUUGUCAAGCCACGUGUCACCCGACGCACUUGUGUUGGCGUUAUCCCAACUACUUGCAGAUCAUGAGAAGUUCUCACUGAUGUCAGUUAUAAGGGAUUACAUCAGUCAUCGAGAUUUGGAUCGAUUUGAUGUCCUUGUGUUGAGACGAGAGGUGGAAGCUUUGAGGAGCAGACAUCAGGAAGACACCACGAAUUCCACUGAGUCAAUCAGCACAAACGAAACAAGCAACAAAGUGUUACAACCGCCUAAGUUACAAUCAACCCCAAAUUCUUCAUUUCAAUCGAGUGAAUCAAACACUGAAUCUGCUGAGAUGAUUUCUCCUGUGCGUCUUCCUGAUCAAAACAAGGAACCGAAAGUGAAGAUUCCUCCCGUUCCUCCAAAAGCUCCUCCCAACAAACCACGAAGAUCUUUCCGAGAAAGGAAGAUCUUUAACACAACAUCCUCGUUUGAAUACAAAGAACCAAACCCUCCAUCGGAAAAAAAAGAAACCUCCAAAGUAACAAUCAAAACAUCGGAUCGUUCAAUCAGUCCGUUCAGUUUGGCUCUGGAGAAACAUCGAUCUUCUCACUCAGGGAGGAUCAAAGCCGGGAGCAACCCCAUCCACCCCUCCCUGCCGUGUCCACAGUUUUUCGAACCUCCGGUUCAAUUUAAGAACAAUAAACAAAAUCAAAACUCCAUCUCCUGCCACGAUUCAACCACGAGCGACUCCGAUUUUCCCCCUCCUCCUUUAUCCUUUAGCUCCUCCGCAUCGAGCACGAUGAGCGAAAGGUCCUCCCAUCCACCCAGAAUCACUGACUCCCCAGCCGAGAUACAUCUUCGUCCAACAUCAUUUUCAUCAUUUAACAGAAAACCAUCGCCGUGUGCUCGAAAGUACGCAGUCACUGCUGAAGUUCACAGUCAAAGUUUACCCAGGACAGUAAAUAAACAAACAGAUUAUUCGAAUUCUGCAUUCAAUGGAAAGAAAUUAAAUUUAAGUGAUGACAGUUCUUCGGAAGAUGAAUCAAAAUAUCCGUACUUUCUACCAAAUGUUGAAACACAGAAAGUUGUGAUUUUCCAAACAGUUGGUGCACUUGGAUUGACAAUUGCCGGUGGUGCUGGCACUAAACAACCUUUGCCUAAAGUUGUAAAGAUCCAGCGUGGAAGUUGCUCGCACCUAUGUGGUCGAAUCAAAAUUGGUCAUGUGAUUCAUGAAGUGAAUGGUACACCACUGAGACCACUCAAACAUGACCAAGUCAUUCAAUCAAUUGCUCGUGCAUUUAAAGAGGAAGGCCGAGAUUCGCUUGAACUUAUAGUCAGUGGUCCAUACCUGCCUAUGUAACUGACUUGUACAUAUUCAAAACUUUGAACAAAUUAACCAAGUUCCGAAUAUUUUUUUCCAAUUCAUGUUCCUGAUGUUUUAUUGCAAUAAUCUCACAACACUGUUGCUCAAAACAAAGCACAAUUUGAUCAAAUAAUGACAAUUUUUACCUCCAGUUUCAAUACUGCCCACACCAGUGAUUACACAUAGCAAUAGUAUUGCCCAUCCAAUGUACUUACCUGUUUUAUAGUUACUGCCUGACUAGAAUACCUUGCAUUUACCUCUUUGUAUGUUGUCUUCAAGUAAUUGAGAGUUUUUUUUUGUAUAUUUGCUUUUGCACAAUCUUUCGUUCUAAAAAUUCAUUUAAUGCUGUUCAAUAGAUUCUUUGAAUCUUAAUUUAUUGGUGUUGUGCAUGACAUUGUGAUGGUUUAUAUUGUAUAUUUGCUACUGUAGUGUUUCUUGUGGUGUUACUGCCUUUGCUUUAGUUAGUAUUGUAAAAUAUUAGUAAAUAAAGUUUCAGAAAUUCA